AUGCUGGAAUCUCCCUUCUGUCCGGAGCUGCCAGAGCCGCUCCUCAGUCCAGUGAUGCCCUCUACGAUGAUCUUCAGUCCGGGGUCUGCUGUGAGGGUGCCCCCUCCAGAGGCACCACCUAAGAUGUUCAGCUGGGUGGUGAAGGGGGUUCCCCAGCCUCCUGGGAAACUAGGAGAUGAGGAGAAGACCAAUGCCUCACCUGCAACAGUAAAACAAGUAACAUUCAAAGAAGAGAAGAAACAAGAAGCUCUAAAACCUGCCAAGGCCAAAGAGGAGGAGGUCGCCGAGGAGAAUGGUGGUGAGGCUGGAGUGUUGACUUGGAUCACCCAUGGCUUUGCUAAUUCUCUUCCCCAGCCUGCUGGGACACCCCGGCUAGGCAGAGCCAACACUGAGCCCUCCACCACACAGGAGGAGAACAGGCAGGGGUCGAGAGUCAUCGGCUGGAUUGCCCAGGGAUUGGCCAGUGUGGUUCCACAGCCUGAAUUGAAAAACACGGAGGAGGUGGAACCUGCAGAAACAACAGAGAUUGCAGAGGUGAUCAAGGUGCCGGAGGUUAAGAAAAAACCUAGCAUUGCAGAGGUGAGCAAGGCGCCGGAGGUUAAGAAAAAACCUAGCAUUGCAGAGGUGAGCAAGGCGCCGGAGGUUAAGAAAAAACCUAGCGUAAGUAGCUACAUCAAGGACCUUGCUAAUAUGCUAACCAAAACUACUCAUGGCUUAUGCUAA